AUUAUUUAAACACACAGAGAGAAAGAAACAUAGAGAACCUUAACAACGAAAAUAAACACAUGGCCGGAAAAUUAAUGACAUUACAGGUUUCUCAUCUGCUAUGCAUAUCUUUAGUCAUCUUCUUUGUAUUCUCUGUGAAUGUUGUCAGUGAGGAGGAUUACCAGAGAGUGGUGCCUCCGGAAGAUAAAACGACUACGGUUUGGUUCUCUACGAUCAAACAAUCUGGUAAUGAUUACUGGGCGAAACUCAAAGAGAGUUUAGGUCGUGGUCACGCCCGCUUUUUUCCUCCGAACAUAGAUUUUAGAGGAAAGGAUGAUGCAUCAAUGGGAGCAGGAGGAAAGAUGAAAGAGGCGGUCACAAGGAGCUUCGAGCACAGUAAAGAUACGGUGGAGGAAGCUGCCAGGUCAGCAGCGGAGGUGGCGUGUGAUGCGACGGAAGCAGUUAAAGAAAAGGUGAAGAGGAGCUUUUCCGGCAGCGAGACGACUCAGCAGCAGUCGGAUGAGCUCUAAAUACGUCGUCUUUCUAGCUCAUGUGUUGGUUGUUCAGUUUCGGAAGAGAAUCGCAACAUCUCAUACUUGUUUGAUUUCUACGUCGACUCGCGUGUUUUUUCUCUCGAAAUACUGGAAUAUGUACACGUCACAUGAGGGAUUUCAGAUCUCAUAUUCAAAUAAGUUCUGUCCUAAA